CACGAUCUUCAGACUACAAAAUGUCCGAGUUUGCAGUGUUUUAGUUUUUUUACACCAUUAAAACUGCUUAAGAUGGGAUUGUCUGAAGAUGGAGAAGAAAUUAUUUUGCAGCGAUUUGAGGAAAUUUGCCAGGAUCUUAACAUGGACUCAUCAACCAAAGAAGAAGCCUGGCAAAAUUAUCAAAAGAUUCAGAUGAAUUACACCCUCGAGGGGGACCAAAUGCAAUGGCUGGCUUGUGCACUGUAUGAGGCUUGCCGACGUGGCUCUGUCCCUACUGUGGGUCAGGGGACCAUAGAAGGGAACUGUGUUUCUCUUACCAGACUGCUUAGAUCAUCAAAAUUUAGUUCUGUUCACAGUUUGAUACAGUUCUUCAACAAGAUGAGGAAAUGGUCAGACAUGGCCAGCCUACCAAAAGCCUUCAGGGACAAGAUCGACAAACUGGAGAGGAACUUUGCAGUGUCUACUGUUAUCUUCAAGAAGUUUGAGCCAAUUUUCCUGGACAUCUUCAUCAACCCAGCCCAUGAAAUACCACGGCAACAGAGAGGAAGAAAGCAGAGAGCUAUUUAUGAGAAAAGGAGAAAAUGGACUAAAAAAGGACUGCAGCUAACAGAAGGGAGGUUACCUUGCACAUCAAACGAAGUUUUCAAGUUUGCCUGGACCUUGUUUGUACUUGUUAAAGGCAACUUCCCAGCUAUUAGUGAUGACUUGGUCAACUCCUAUCACCUGCUGCUGUGUUGUAUUGACUGGAUCUUUGCCAACGCAGUUUUAGGAGGAAGAAAAGAUCUCUUGAACAGAGACUUUGAAGGUUUGCCAGAAGAUUUUCAAAGUGUAAACUGGAAGCCAGAAGCAAGCACCCCAUGCAUCAUGCAGAUUUUGUGUGAUAAACACGAUGGGCUGGUGGUGGAGGCUAAGACCAUCAAAGAACACUGGUGGAAGCCACACAUCAGGAAGUUGUUUGACAAGAAGACACUGGUGGGAAAGCCAACCAAUCUUUCUGCAAUACUGGAGCUUGGCAACUUUGAGGAAAAUGUAAAAAUAAUCAAUAAUUUAUAUGAAGAGUAUGUCCUGAGUGUGGGUGACUUUGAUGAGAGAAUAUUUCUGGGUGAGGAUGCUAACGAGGAGAUUGGAACCCCAGGGGGACAGAACACAACAGAGUUGGCUGAGCAAAUGCAGGUCAAACGCUCGUUGAAGCAGCAUUUUGAUGAGACCAAAUCUUUGACCCCGUCCACUCCUCUGACUGGACGCAGGUAUUUGAAAGAAAAGGAUCUUAGUGUAACCCCUGUAUCCACCGCCACCCAGAGUGUGUCGCGCUUGCAGAAUUUGUUGUCUGGGUCUAAGACAUCCCCAUCUGAUUUGUUGUUAGACAUUUUCAAGAGCUGCAGUGUAAAUCCACAAGAUGAGAUCACACAAAGGGUGAAGGAGAUGGGGGAAAUAUUUUGUAAACACUAUGCAAAAUCAAGUGAAAGUCAUGCGGGUGCCACUGUUGACUUUGCCCGCAAGAGACUCCAGUUGGGUGAAAGCUUGUAUUAUAAAACUCUGGAAGCCAUCGCACUAGGGGAGAGAAAACGACUGACAGGAGGAGAAAAUAAAGGGAUUAAUUUACUGGGUUUGCUGGAGAAUGAUUUUUUUCAUCGCUCCCUGUUCGCCUGUUGUCUUGAAAUUGUCAUUUUCUCCUACAACUCUCAAAGGACUUUCCCGUGGAUUGUGGAUAUAUUUGAGCUGGGCAGCUAUCACUUCUACAAGGUGAUUGAGAUUAUCAUCCGGGCGGAGAAAGGGCUGUCAAGAGAUGUUGUCAAACACCUGAAUCAUAUAGAGGAAAGUAUUCUAGAGAGCUACGCCUGGAGAAGCGACUCCCCAGUCUGGGAUGCCAUCAAAGACAACACAGUGCCUAACUGUGAGGAUGUGACGCCCAUGAACCUAAUGGAGGGCAGCAAGCAAGGUAUGGCCACAGCUGCCGUCGCCAAACACCCAAGGCUUCGAUCUCUUGUGGGUGACAUCAAAAGUUUACAAAAAACCUCUGAGCCCCCCCAGUCACCAGGGGCACCACUGGCAUCUGACAGGUUUAGCUCCCCGUCUCCUGGCAAUGCUAAAAGAAGAUUGUUUGGUGCUGGACCGUCCAGUGUGCCGCUGUCCCAGGCGAUCUCUGUCCCACCCAAUGUCUCCACCCUCAACACCACCACAUACACCCGCACGGUGACCACUUCAGGGGUGACCAUCAUCUCCUCCCCCCACCAACUGCCCACUGUCUCCCACAGUAACUCUGCUUCCCGCUCUAUUCUGCUGAGUCAGUUAAAGGGUGGAAUGUCGGACACACUGAUCGUCUCAAACAAGAUAGCUUCGGCUCUCGCGCCAACAUCGACACUUCCAAGAUCUGAUUCCCCGCCUCCUGUUAUCACAUCCACCAUUCUGAAAACCCAGAAUUCUGGGGAACACACGAUAAUCGCGGCUGCUGCGGGCAGUGGCAGUGUUCUAACCACGCCCAUAUGGAAACCCAACUGUAGCUCCACCCAGCAGGCUAUUGUGGCCAUCAAUGAAGAUGGAAGACAGAUUUUGAUACCCGUCCAGAUAGCCCAGCCCUCAGGGAGUGUCACAUCCACUACAACUGUGGCCACCACGGCAGCCUCAGGCUCCAUCAGUUCAGCUCCCAGCACCAUCACCAUCUCUAGGAAACCAUACAGGCCACUGCUGGUGAAAACGGAUAAAACUGAGCCCGACCACAGCUACACCAAGCCCAAAAGGACAGGAUCUCUGGCUCUCUUCUUUAGAAAAGUGUACCAUUUAGCCAGCGUACGGCUCCGUGACCUAUUUGACAAACUGGACAUUGAGGAUGAUGAACUGCUGAAGAAGAUCUGGACAUGCUUUGAGUACGCGAUGGUCAACCAUGUCCAUCUGAUGUGUGACAGACACCUUGACCAGCUGAUCAUGUGCUCCAUGUACCUGAUCGCCAAGGUGACGGAGAAACCCUUGACCUUUCAGAACAUCAUGAAGUGCUACAGACUCCAGCCUCAGGCCCACAGCCAUGUCUACAGAAGUGUCUUACUGACGACAAGACACCGUCAUGGUUCAGGUAGCAGUGACAGCAGCAAAAGUAACGAAGGCAGCGGAACGUCCUCACCUGUCAAUGUUGAUAAAGACAGAGAUAAAAAGCAUCCAUCAGUAAGGUCGUCCAGUACCUUGCCACACAGCAGCCAUCCCCCCACACCCACCAGAUUUGUGGGGGGAAGUGUGGACGAUGUGGAGGAGGAGCGGGGAGACUUGAUCAAGUUCUACAACCUGGUUUAUCUAAAGAAGAUUCGCAACUUUGCUCUCAAGUUUGCAGAAAAAAAUAAUGAUGCAUCGGACCUGCCCAAGCUGUCCCCCCUACCUGCGGUCAGGUGUUUGACCUCCUCACCCCGUAGGGUGUCCAGCAGCUACCCACUCUUCAUCUCCCCCCAUAGAGGGACAACUGGACCCUUGCCACAGGGCAUGUCCUACUCCAUCAACCUCAGCCCUUCCAAGGACCUCCAGGCCAUCAACAGGAUGAUCAAGCAGGGCGUGUUCAAGUCCUCAACCAAGCGUGUCCUGGAGGUGGACAAGGAGGACUCUGUCUGCAGCUCGGCCAAGCGGCUGGCCAGUGGUCACCCUUUCAUCAAGAGACUUCAGGACAUUGGGACGAUGGACAACCCCAACUGUUAGGCUCAAGCCUGGCAUGGACUAGUUUGGGCAGUAGGUGGCACUGUGAUAGGCAGCUGAUAUAUGUGUGAAUUUGUGACAGCAUCAGUCAGUACUGAGAGGAUUAGUGCCCACAUCAGUCAGUACUGAGGAUUAGUGCCUCCAGCAGUCAAUUCUCAAAGGAUUAGUGCCCGCAUCAGUCAGUUCUGAGAGGAUUAGUGCCAGCAUAACUCAGUACUGAGAGGAUUAGUGCCCACAUCAGUCAGUACUGAGAGGAUUAGUGCCCACAUCAGUCAGUACUGAGAGGAUUAGUGUCAGCAUAACUCAGUACUGAGAGGAUUAGUGCCUGCAUUAGUCAGUUCUGAGAGGAUUAGUGCCUGCAUUAGUCAGUUCUGAGAGGAUUAGUGUCAGUAUAACUCAGUACUGA